GGCGGUUUGCAUACACCUGGUGGACGCGACGGUAGCGACAUGCGCGGCGGCGCCGAGAUGACACGUUGCAUGUGUAGGAAGCACAGAACAUGAGUGAUCUCGCACACACCGCUCCUUCUUCUGACGAGUUGUCGUUGCGACAACAACAGCCGCAUGAGACCGAGAGGUUGCCAGAGGAAGGGACUCGAAAGGACGUUGAUGGACAAGACGAGGGACGCCUAGAUGCCGACACCGACCCAGCAGCACCUCUAGACUGUCCUAAUUCAGAUCUCGUGGACGAAACAGACACGACAAGUGUUGGUGUGGCGGCGACACCCAAAAGUCCAGAAUCGUGUUCGAUCGCACGGGAACAUCCACCAUCAACCGUCGACGACGAUCGGGAAGAAGGGGAGAUUGAGGAAGACGUUCCUUACGUGAAGCCCACCGAAAACUGUACGCACUCUAUUGCAUCGAAUGAUGGUGGCGACGACGCGGCGGAGGACGACGACUGUGUCGCGUCGGGCACGGACGAAGCGACUCCGGUCGCUCCUGUCCACACGACGCCAUUGCAGGAGUAUGAGCAAGGGUACUACGGCAUAUCGUUCGAAAGCACGUCGACGCAGUUGGCCAAGGUCGUCAUCCGCGAUCCGUCCAAGUCCAUCCAGCAGAGCGACGACAUUCGCAGUCACUUUGAAGCGAUUGGUGGCGUCGAAAGCCUGACGUGGUCGCCUGACUCUGGCUCUGGCGACGUUACGCUCUCCGAUCUGACGGCACUCAAUGCUGUGUUUGCCUUACCAGAACACUCGAUUGGCGGCACUACGCUGCUUGUGUCGCCCAUGCCGCCGCCGGUGGACCCGACACUUGUCGCACAGUGGCGGCGGUCGUACAACGGCACGGGGGUCCACUUGAGCAACAUCGUUCACGAUAUGACGGAGGACAUGAUCAAGGCCGAGAUGAGCUGCUUUGGCGUCAUAACGAGCGUUCGGCGAAACGUCAAGCCCAUGGAAGAAGCGCCUUUUGGAUACGGAUUCGUAACGUAUGCGUCGUCCGGGCAAGCGGCGCAUGCACUUGCCGCGGGCUCGCACGUGAUCCAUGGCACUACAGUCAAGAUCAACCCGAUGAAGAAGGACUUUCAGCGUUCCCAAGGUGCCGCGCGCGGCGGUCGAUUUGGAGGACGUGGUCGCGGCGACGGACGAGGUCGAGGUGAAGGAAGAGGUCGAGGCGGUUCGGAAGGACAUGUGCGUGGAGGCUUUGAAGGACGUGGCGGAGGCCGUGGCGGUGGUCGGUCCGGCGGCGGACGCGGUCGGGGAGACAGCGUUCGUGAUGGCAGCCGAGGACGUGGUCGCGGUGCAAGCGGGCGAGGUCGUGGCGGCGGUCGAGGAGACUACGGCCGCGGCCCUCGGUACCCACCGCAGGGUCCACCACUGUACAACGGUCCCGCUUACAAUGCACCACCACCGCCUGCAUACAACGCCCCAUCGUACCCGCCGCCACAUCAUCACGAGCAGCCGCAUCCGCCACAUGGAGGGUACCAUCCGCCGAGCUACUCCCAGCCUCCCCCCAGCUUCAACGGACCAUCCUAUCCGCCACCACCGCAGCCUUCCCCUGACCACGCGCCACGAAACCACCAUGCGUAUGGACAACCGUUUGGACCACCACAAGGUAGCUACCCAGCCCACGGAGCGUAUCCGCCGCCGCCGUAUGGACCGCCAUCCUAUCAACGCCCCCCACCUCCUGCUUACGACUCCCCUCCCUCGCGCCAUUACCAGCCUGAGUCGCAUCCGCCGUCGUACGGCCGACAUCAUGAUUACCCCACGCAGCCGCCGUAUGCCCCACCGCCGCCGUCCUUUUACAAUGCUGGACCGUACAAUGGCAACCAUGGCUACAGUCAGUCGUCCCCGCGGUCGUAUGGAGCGGGCCAGGCGCCGUCGUCCGAGUAUGGACAAGGGAGGGGGUAUGCCCGGUACCCAGACCACCCGCCGCCACGGCACGACCCACCAUCGUAUGGUCCAGUGCGGUCUCAAGGGCCAGCGUAUCGGUCGGGGCCGUAUGACCCUCCGCCAUCGUAUCGUUAGAGACUAGAAAACAAGGCGAGUGUGGAUGCUUGAAUGGUGUGUACAAUGUCCUUGGGGCAUCUCGAAUCGAGCGAGGAC